AUGCCAAAUACUUCACCAGAAAAAAAAGAAUUUCGAUCCCUUGUUCUGGGCUUAAAAGCUUUAAAUUCAUCAUGGUCAGCAUCUCAAAUUUCAACCUUUCUUCGACAAUCCGAAAAUCCUCCAUUAUUAAAAAGUCGUCAAUUAUUAACAAAAGUUAAAAGAACGUUGACAAGAAAUACCAUCGAUGAUAGGCAAAGACCAGGACGUCCGAUCACAAUAUCAACACCAAUCUUUCAACAGCAAGUGAAAACAUCAAUGAGAUUAAAAAGAGGAGCUUCUAUUAAAAAUGUCACAGCGAAUUUGAAUAAAAAUGGAACAAGAUGUUCAACAUAUACAGUUUAUAAAGCUGCUCGAAAGUUAAAAUUAAAAUGGUUUAAAACAAGAAAAUCUCAAAAACUAUCAUAU